AUGAACAGACCGCGAAACCAUCAACUUCGGCCACCUCGUACGAAUGACGACCGUCCCGCACGAGCACCACGACCACGACCACAAGGGCCGAGCGGCAAUGUGCCGAAUAUCCAGCAGGUCAUCCCUGGAGCAGGCGUCUCGAUAGUUCUCAAGGCAGAUCAGCCUACUGGCCGCGAAGUCCAAGGUGUCGUUCAAGACCUGCUUACCCGUGGCAAUCAUCCGCGAGGCAUCAAAGUGCGGCUACAGGAUGGGAGGGUGGGUAGAGUGCAGCGUAUGGCCGCAGCUGGUACAGCACCAUCUACGACUGACGUUCCACCUGCUGGUACUACUUCUCAGCAGCCUGCUGCUCGUACCAACAGGAUCCUCAGGAUGGAGACCGAUGUUAGGUUGUAUGAGGAAGAAUUUCCUUCUGCACCUCCUGCUCGUUCUUUCGCAGAUUACUUUCCUGCUGAGCUGAGCACUCCUACAGCUCCAAUACCAGAGAAUGUCUCUUCAGCCACUGCCAAGUGUCCAAUCUGCGGCACAUUUGAGGGCGAUGAGAUUGCUGUCAGUAGGCACGUAGAAGAACACUUGACAUGA